AAAAAAGAAAAGUUUAAAACUGGGUCACAGCAGCGCGAGCGAGUUAGAUUGACGACAGCGGGUUUUAAAAUCUGAAUAUUUUUAUAGAUAUAUAUAUAUUUUACAAUAUUACAUUACAGUUUGCUGUCUGCAGGUGAGAUCUUUUAAAAUGGGUGCAAAAUGUUGCCUCAAUAUCACCAAGUACUUCCUGUUCCUUUUCAACCUCCUGUUUUUUACUCUGGGAGGAUUAAUGCUAACAUUUGGUCUCUGGAUCCAUUUUGACCAUAACUCCACAACUACUCUAAGGCUCUCACAUAUCUUUGAGAUAAAGCUCAUCUCAUAUCUGCUGGCCGGGGGUGGGACUCUAACCAUGAUGCUCGGCUUCUUCGGCUGUCUGGGAGCGGUCAAGGAGAUGCGUUGCAUGCUGGGAACGUAUUUUGUUAUUUUGAUUAUUCUAUUGGGUGGUCAAAUCACUUUGGGGGUUCUCAUCUACACACAGAAGAAUCUGGUCAAUUUGAAGAUUAAAGAUUUGGUCUUGGAGAUCAUUGAAAACUACCAGACUGGAAAUAAAUCGUUUGAAGAUCUGGAUAUCGUACAGCAAAAACUCCAGUGUUGCGGCUGGACCUCCUAUGAAGACUGGAAUAAGAACCCCAAAAUGAAGGAGGAUCCCAGCUUGUACCCCUGUUCAUGUUACCAGCCGGACCCCACAUCACCACCUCCCCAGUGCAACCAGUCCAACUCCAGUCUAGAUCCAGUGAACGAAACAGAAGCCAUUCUCGACUCCAUCGCUACAGGCCAGUACAACCAGUCCUAUCUCACAGGAGAACCAGCGUCUGAACCAGAAACCACCACUGACUCCAUCUCUACAGGCCAGUACAACCAGUCCUAUCUCGCAGGAGAACCAGCGUCCGAACCAAAAACCACCACCAACUCCCUCUCCACAGGCCAGUGCAACCAGUCUCUCGUCGAGACAAAGGAGCCUUUUCAAACCCAGUCUAACACCACCGGUUUCUGUCUGGCGCCCCCUGGUGGUUCACCCCCAGUUUUCUCCGAGGGUUGUCGAAGCAUCCUUCAGUCCUGGAUUCAUGAAAACCUUCGUUUUAUUUGGGGUGUCUGUGUUGGCAUCGCCGCUUUAGAACUCUUUGGUAUGAUCCUCUCGAUGUAUCUGUGUAGUCGGCUGGGAAAGAAUUACAACAAGCUGAUUCGCUACUCCUGAACUGCGACCCCUCGGAUACUGCGACGCCAUUGGACCAAAUCUUCAACUCUUCUCAAGAGCGGUUUAAUGAAAUAAAAAUGAAAUAAAAAUUAUAUAUAUAUAUAUAUAUAUAUAUAUAUAUAUAUAUAUAAUGAUUGUUUCAAAUGGGAUUUUUGUGAACUGUUUAUCAGAAUAUGUUACAGCUUCAAGUGACGUUUUCUUAAUUCAGAACCAUUUGAAUCGUUCUUGGUGGUUCGUAUUUAAAUUGCUCAAAUAUUGUAGCGUGUUAUUUUAUUUUUAUAUAUAUAUUUUUUUCAUAAUGAAUCUUCCACUUUGGUACCAGUUUAGUUUCGCUGGCAGUACGCUGUCUGUGCACUGGAUGGCGCUAUCAUGAAUAUCACGUGUUUUGCGAUUUCUAUAAUAGUGUUUUAGAGUCUGCGUUGCUUUGACUGUGAGUUCAGGAGCUGCUCUUCAGUCACACAGGCUGGAUCAGACAGUGUCUUUAUAAUAGCAGCAUGUGGAGUAGCGGUCAGGGCUCUGGACUCUUGACCGGAGGGUCGUGGGUUCAAUCCCAGGUGGGGGGACACUGCAGCUGUACCCUUGGGCAAGGUACUUUACCUAGAUUGCUCCAGUAAAAACCCAACUGUAUAAAUGGGGAAUUGUAUGUAAAAAUAAUGUGAUAUCUUGUAACAAUUGUAAGUCGCCCUGGAUAAGGGCGUCUGCUAAGAAAUAAAUAAUAAUAUUUAGCGCCAUCUACUGUACACAUGUAUUAAAAUAAUUGGCAUCUGUCAUUUGAAGCUGUUUAGUGAUACAGUUUGUAUUGGGUGAAGUGCGAGAGAUUUUAAUUGGUUCUUAAGAAAGAACCCCCGUCUGAAAUCAAACUUCAUUUGAAUCUUUUUUUUUUUUUGGUAACGGUACAGUCUUGUGUUAACUUGCAGUGUAUUGAGUCGUGUGUUUCUCUGAUGCGAGUGACGAAGGAGUCGCUGGAAUGCGUGUCUCUGUUUGAGUGCUUUUCAAGUUAUGAUUGAUUGUUUGUUUAUUUAUUGUCGAGAUUGUGGUUCUGUAAUAUUUUAUACUUUUGUUUUAAAUGUCAUUAAACUUUAACCACUAGAGCCAGCCUCCCUCCCAGUCCCUCCUCAGCUCUAACCAGUAGAGCCUCCCUCCCUCCCUCCCAGUCCCUCCUGAGCUCAAACCACUAGAGCCAGCCUCCCUCCCUCCCAGUCCCUACUCAGCUCUAACCACUAGAACCAGCCUCCCUCCCUCCCUCCCAGUCCCUCCUCAGCUCUAACCACUAGAGCCUCCCUCCCUCCCUCCCAGUCCCUCCUCAGCUCUAACCACUAGAGCCAGCCUCCCUCCCUUCCUCCCAGUCCCUCCUCAGCUCUAACCACUAGAGCCAGCCUCCCUCCCAGUCCCUCCUCAGCUCUAACCACUAGAGCCUCCCUCCCUCCCUCCCAGUCCCUCCUCAGCUCUAACCACUAGAGCCAGCCUCCCUCCCUCCGUCCCAGUCCCUCCUCAGCUCUAACCACUAGAGCCAGCCUCCCUCCCUCCCUCCCAGUCCCUCCUCAGCUCUAACCACUAGAGCCAGCCUCCCUCCCUCCCAGUCCCUCCUCAGCUCUAACCACUAGAGCCUCCCUCCCUCCCUCCCAGUCCCUCCUCAGCUCUAACCACUAGAGCCAGCCUCCCUCCCUCCCAGUCCCUCCUCAGCUCUAACCACUAGAGCCUCCCUCCCUCCCUCCCUCCCAGUCCCUCCUCAGCUCUAACCAUUAGAGUCAGCCUCCCUCCCAGUCAAUUCCCAGAAUUAUUUAUGUAUAUAUUUUUUAUUGUAAAUUAUAUAUUUUUUUAAUUCUCAUUUUCCAGGCUGUAAAACCGUUUUUGUCUUCUUUUUUUCCAUCUUUCAAGAGACCCUCAUUUUUGACGUCCUUUUAACAUUUCAAAUUAAAAACAGUGAAGCAAA